GAGCUGCCUCGCGCAAGGGGUGUGCGAGAGCUGAGUCCAAGGGAGUGAGAGCAAACCGAGGCUUGAAUAAUCCUAGGAGAAACGCCUGGGUGGAUUGUGGUGCAGCCUUGAAGGGAGGGAUUAGAAGCCGCUGGACUUUUUUUUUUUCUUCCCCCUCCCUUCUCAGUAGCACUGAGUCCGAAUUAAUUGGAUUUCAUUCACUGGGGAGGAACAAAACUGUCCGGGGCAGCUUCAUUCAGAGAGAUUCAUUGACACGGAGAGUGAGCGGCCGCAGCCGGGUCCAGAGCGAACCGCCGGCUUCACUUCUGUGUCGCCUUCCCCAACCGCUAACCCGGUUCGGGAAGGGCGAAGUGGAAUUCAACCCCGCUCGGUUCGCGGCGGCUUCGCGCGGCGUGAUCGGCCUAUGCCUGCCCCGAGGGGCGUCUGCUAGGCACCCCGCUCUCUCUCGCAGCUGGACCCCCAUGAUAGAUACGCUCAGACCCGUGCCCUUCGCGUCGGAAAUGGCGAUCAGCAAGACGGUGGCGUGGCUCAACGAGCAACUGGAGCUGGGCAACGAGAGGCUGCUGCUGAUGGACUGCCGGCCGCAGGAGCUGUACGAGUCGUCGCACAUCGAGUCAGCCAUCAACGUGGCCAUCCCGGGCAUCAUGUUGCGGCGCCUGCAGAAGGGCAACCUGCCCGUGCGCGCGCUCUUCACGAGCGGCGAAGACCGGGACCGCUUCACCCGGCGCUGCGGCACCGACACAGUGGUGCUCUAUGACGAGAGUAGCAGCGAUUGGAACGAGAACACGGGCGGCGAGUCGGUGCUUGGGCUGCUGCUCAAGAAGCUCAAGGAUGAGGGCUGCCGGGCAUUCUACCUGGAAGGUGGCUUCAGUAAGUUCCAAGCCGAGUUCGCCCUGCACUGCGAGACCAAUCUAGACGGCUCGUGUAGCAGCAGCUCGCCGCCGUUGCCAGUGCUGGGGCUCGGGGGCCUGCGGAUCAGCUCUGACUCUUCCUCGGACAUUGAGUCUGACCUUGACCGAGACCCCAAUAGUGCAACGGACUCUGAUGGCAGCCCGCUGUCCAACAGCCAGCCUUCUUUCCCCGUGGAGAUCUUGCCCUUCCUCUAUCUGGGCUGUGCCAAGGACUCCACCAACCUGGACGUGUUGGAGGAGUUCGGCAUCAAGUACAUCCUGAACGUCACCCCCAAUUUGCCGAAUCUCUUUGAGAAUGCAGGAGAAUUUAAAUACAAGCAGAUCCCCAUCUCGGAUCACUGGAGCCAAAACCUGUCCCAGUUUUUCCCUGAGGCCAUUUCUUUCAUAGAUGAAGCCCGGGGCAAAAACUGUGGUGUCCUGGUGCAUUGCUUGGCUGGCAUCAGCCGCUCGGUCACUGUGACUGUGGCUUAUCUCAUGCAGAAGCUCAACCUGUCAAUGAAUGAUGCUUACGACAUUGUCAAGAUGAAGAAAUCAAACAUCUCCCCCAACUUCAACUUCAUGGGCCAACUGCUGGACUUCGAGAGAACACUGGGACUCAGCAGCCCCUGUGACAACCGAGUCCCUGCACAGCAGCUCUACUUCACCACUCCCUCCAACCAGAAUGUCUACCAAGUGGACUCCCUGCAAUCGACGUGAAAGGCCCCACACCCCUCUUCGCUGGGAAGUGUCCUUUAGCAGUUUCUCUUGGCAGCAUCAGCUGGGCUGCUUUCUUUCUAUGUGGCCAGGAGUGUCCACAUGACACCAGCUGUCUGUAUUAGACAAGGUGACCACGUGUGGAAUUGGUUAUUACAAAGCGAGAGAUUUGCUCCAUGCUCGUUUGAAGAACAGGACAUGCUGUGUAGAUAGAUAGAUAGAUACAGGCAGUAGGCUUGCCCCACACUCAUGUGUACAGCCUACCCAUGCAGGGAGUGGAAUCCAAGGACUUCCAGAUAAGUAGGGUAGGACCCAGUGGUAGGUAGGAUAGGAGCAUGUGUUCUCUAGGGCCAUGUAUGACUGUUUCCUUUUGCAUCUGGAACUGACUAUAUUGUCUUCAGUGAAGACUGAUUCAAUUUUGCAUAUAGAGGAGCCAAAGACAGGUUUCAGCUCUGUAUUGGUAGUAUCAGUUUGCAAAAAGAAAAGUUAAUAAUAAAUAGAUAAAAUGAAUCUGAUACUCCUGUUUGAUUAUUGUAAAUAUUUGAUCUUUAAAUCACUUGGCAAUGUUUGUUUGAAUUGUUUGUUUGUUUUUCCCCCUUUGGGUUAAAAAAAAAAACAUCCAAAGGGAGAAAGCAGUAUACCACUUCUUAAAACAAAAAAUGGAAACUUUUGCUCUUUUCUAAUCCAAAGGAUAUGUUUGCAGCAUGCUUGACUUGACCAAUUCUGAAUGACAUUUUCAUGGACAGGAUUAUCGCUGAGACCUUGUUGUGGUGCAGUCUUCAGUCUCUUUCAUGUAUCUUCCUUGUGAUUUUUUUUUUCCCUCUUAAUGUAGUUUGACUAUGCCUUACCUUUGUAAAUAUUUUGGCUUGUGUUGUCUUAAAAGGGGAUAUAUCUUGGAAAGGCACCAAAAUCAUGGGCUCACUAUUUUUUUUUUUUUUAACUUCAGCUGUGCUAAACAGUAUAUUACCUCUGUACAAAAUUCUUCAGGGAGUGUCACCUCUAAUGCAAUACUUUGGGGUUGGUUUCUUUCCUUUUAAACAAUUUGUAUAAAACUGGAAGUGUGUGUGUGAGCAUGGGUACCCAUUUGAUAGGCUGAAGUGCAUAUGAUUGUGAAGAACGAGUUAGGUUGCUCCAUUAUGUUCAUGGUGUAAAGUUUUGAGAUGAAAUUUAUUAUAAGAAUGUAAAACCUUAAAUUAUUAAUAAAUAACUAUUUUGGCUAUUGAA